UCACGCAACUCUCCAUCCUUCCUCCCACUUCCAUCUCCGUUUCCGAACACCACUAGACCUUCAUCCAUACACAAGAGCCGGUACAGAUCUUCUCGAGCACAGCUGACGCGAGGCAAAGAGGUUGUUGCUCAGCCUUGCCUGCAGCUUCUUGAUCCGGCUAGCGCUGAUGGUGUGUUGUUACUUGUCACUGCCUGCGCUCCUUCCUGAACUCCUGGACAUUCGACGUUUUAACCCGCUUUGAUUUCAUGCGUUUUUUUACACUACUCGAGUAACUUCGCCUUCGACACUCGACUUUUGACUUCUGGCGAUCGACGCUCGGUUUCGCUACGCUGAGCACCAGGAGCCUCAGUGCUUCUUAGUGACAUGCCCAACGCCAAUGCGAAGGCGCUUAUACCGCUCCAGCGCCAAGAGGGAGCCUUGUGUAAGCAGUGCUCGCAGAUACCCUGGGAGCGGCUUGUUGAUGACGAAGCCCUUGAGUUUUUGAACCUGGAAGCGGGCCAGAGGAAGCAGAAGAGGCUGUCGUGUCGCAUCUGUCGCAUGCUGGAACAAGGCUUGGCCCAAGGACUAUACACGCCUACAUAUCUGAGUUUCUGGUACAGUGAAAAGUACUUACAUUUUGAAGAUUCUUUAUCCUUGGAAUCGAGAUAUGUUUGCUCCAUCGACCAGGAUAGACAUCCGAGGUAUAACCCACACAUUCUUACUACUCGUCUUUCGCCCCGGAAAUUUCAACAUGCUUUGCAGCACAAGUUUCCGCAGCAAGUCGAUGUUGCGAAAUUGAGAACCUGGAUCGGAGAUUGUGAAAAUUUUCACGAUCAGUAUUGCACACCUUCUCAGCUGCCUGACCUCGUAGGAAUGAAGAUCAUUGAUUGCGAGCGUCAAGUCGUUGUGGAUGUACCUCGCGACUGUAAAUUCGUUGCUUUGUCGUAUGUCUGGGGAGACCAGUUUUCACAGUCGAAAUCAUCAUUUGGUCCUCAGGCGAAACUUCCAAAAACGAUCCAGGACAGCAUUCAAUUGACGCAACAACUGGGUCUCAGGUACCUUUGGAUUGACCGUUAUUGCAUCGAUCAAGACAACGCGCGAGAAAAAUACAUACAGAUUGCACAGAUGGGACACAUCUACUCAGCAGCAUACUUAACAAUCGUUGCUGCUGCAGGAACUGGUAGCGAUCACGGCCUACCCGGAGUGACACCCAACAGCCGAGCAGCAAUAGACUACGUAGCCGUAGGAUCAGUGUAUUUGUAUACGAUUCCUCGGUUCUAUGCGCUCUUCGACGUUAAUCGUACUCUUUGGUCCAGUAGAGCAUGGACUCUCCAGGAAGGGAUAAUGUCCAAAAGACGCCUCAUUUUCACGGAGCACCAAGUUAUCUACGUUUGUGGCACCAGUACGCAAUAUGAAGCUCCUAUGCCCCCAAAAAACGAUAGGUAUUAUGUUACUAAAGGCCGUGAACACAAUAUUGAGGACUGGCUGACCCGAAGGUCAUUGCAACAUGACAAGCGAACAGACGAGGGCCAACUGCUACAAGCCAUGGUGUUUCUCGCUGAUUACAGUAGUCGAACACUUUCUUAUGACACCGACGCUCUUAAUGCAAUAGUUGGUGUUCUCAACACGCUUUCUACCGACAACGUCUACCACAUCUGCGGCGUUCCAGUACAUCUACCAACCUCAACCUCAACCUCAAAAUCCCCUAGAAGAAUGUGCAACAAGGAGCCUUGCGGUAAAAUUGCCUUGUUCUGGUAUCACUUAGAGCCUGCUCGUCGACGAGAUGGAUUCUCAAGCUGGUCUUCUGUUGCAUGGGAUGGUUCAAUCGAUUGGCUCGACAGCAGACAUAGAGAGCAUACUUUGGAUGCAAGACAUGUUCGUGUGCUGAGCAAAUCUGGUAAACACGAUCUAAGGACAUACAUCUUGUCAACCACAUCACUGGAGCCUGUGCAACUUUUAGAGUGUGACGCACAAGCAAUUGAAUUUAAGCUGAGUGACGGCAGCUCCUUGGAUUGGGCGCCAGGGAAUUACAGCUCAGUCUGCGUUGUGAUGGCGCUUGACAGCGCUCACAGCAUAGUCUUGUUGCCCCUAUGGGACAUAUGCUACGAUAUCAAGGACAUGUCUCCCGUCAUUGGCGUGUUCCCCUCCGCCAAGGCAAUUGAUGAUGCUAGCAGUGAAUUAGAAGGCUGCAUCCUCUUGAGAGCACAGGGAGAGCAUUACGAGCGCGUGGGCUUUGUUUUACUGAUGGACAUCUUCGCCAAGGCCAAUAUUAAUCCUAGAUUUGACUAUCGGUUUUUCCGUAUAGUCGAUAACGACAUGCAGAUCGUUAGUGAACGAGACCAUAAGGAUCUUGCGCACAGAUUGGCAGAUCCCGAUGGGCGCAGCUGGUGGGAAAGAUACGCCAAGAAGAAAACGAUUUUAUGGGGUUAGUUAUGACUUGACCCAUCGAAAUACAACAUUUCCAAAUACCGUGUGGCUACAGGAAUCUCCUCCACUGUCCGCCCAAGGCACCACGGAAUUCCUCAAUCACC